CGAUGUGUCUGUCUAUCAGUUGAGCCUGUCUGAUCAGUCGCGCAUCCCCGGUACAUAUUUCUCACUGCGGAGACGAGACUCCAGCUUCACUAUGUGGAGUUUAAAAAAAUAAGCAAUAAAUCCACAUUCGUAUCGGUUCAUGGAGUAGCUGUUGGCGUUUCGUUUGUUUAUGAAAAGUCUUUGGAGCGGUAAUACAUCAACUGUCCACAUGAAAGCCGAAAGGGCAUCGUUUUUGUGAGCUUCGUCGGAAUAGGCUAUCCGAGCCUAGCUGUGGGUGUUUAGUUUGCGCGAGGAGACGGAGAGUAGCCUAUUGGCGGCAUAGCCAUUUGAUCUGUAAUGCGGUGGUGAUAUGACUGACACGGACUGAUUGACAUAACCCUCUAAUGCCAAUCUCCUUCUAUCCCAUGUUGUGUCUACUUGCAGAGAUUGAACCACGGAACAGCACCUGUGCGGAAAUACAGUUUGGAACGUUCUCCAUCGCCGUGGAAGUUUGAUACAUUGAAAGACUUUUACUUUCAACGCGAAAAUCUGUUAUAAAGUAUCGUUCCCGGGGUUGGAAUCCUUGUUUUUUAAUGGAAGCUCCGCGGACUGAAUAAGCUUUUGGCGGCUGUCCAUGUUCUCCACUGCUAGACUGAAACCUAAAACAGAGGUCUUAUAAAAACUGUUUUCAACUCAACAUUUCCAGAGAAACAUCAUUUUGUUGAGAGACAGGCUAUUUGUUUCUUCACAUUUGACAAACAUUCGCUGAAAGAUGUUUUUUUUUUUUUUUAAAUAAUACUUUCACUGACGUUUAGACUUCCUUUGCCAGUCAAAAGAACGGGAAUCUAAAUUUCUAUUCCGAUUCUAUUGAAGAGAAGGACAAAACUACGUUAUUUUGUUUGGUUUCCUCUUGGGUCGUCUUUUAUUUUGGUCUCUGCAUGAAAGUCAAGCGGAAAGUCUACCAGCAGCAUGCCGAGGAGAAAGCAGCAAGCGCCAAGGCGGUCCGUAGCUUAUGGGGACGAGGACGAAUUUAAGGCUGAUGACAAGAUCGAUGAGGAGCACCUGCAAGAUGAUGGUCUCUCCUUGGAUGGACAGGAUGGCGAGUACCUCUGCAACGAGGAUGACGAUGCCGGGGACCAAUUCAGCUUCCAGAACUCCCCGUUCAGCAAUGGCACCAACCCCGACGCUGGCUACGCUUCUCCUCUCAGCGACACCAGCGACCAACUUAUCGACUUCCAGAGCACACGCUCCAAGGACGGACUGGAUAAGGAGGAGGCAGCCAGAGGAGGAGUAGACCACCUAAAGAUCCCCAAUGGCCUGUCUCUGCAGGACAGCCUGGCGCAGAUGAAAGCUGUCUAUGCAAACCUGAUCUCGGACGCCUCUUGGUCCAGCAUCACCAAGGACAUGCUAAGAAGUAACAGCAACAGCAACAAGGUCAUCAGUGUGAUCAGCAACAGCAAUGGAAGCAGCCACAAGGGGAGCAACGGUAUCGCCAACAGUAAUACUAUCAGACUUGUGAACAAUAAUAACCACACCAACAGCAGCAGUAACACCUCUGCCCCUACCAACACUACCAGCAACACUACCGCUACAAGCACCGCUAACACUAACAACAAUGGCACUGGUGUCAGCACUGGCAGCACCGGUGGAGUGACCUACGACUGGCACCAAGCGGCUUUGGCCAAAACCCUGCAGCAUACACCAUAUAAUCUCCUCCCCGAGCCGAGCCUCUUCAGCACUGUGCAGCUGUACCGGCAGAACAACAAGCUCUACGGUCCGGUGUUCACCGGUGCCAGCAAGUUCCGGUGCAAGGACUGCAGCGGAGCCUAUGACACGCUGGUUGGGCUCACUGUACACAUGAAUGAGUCAGGCCACUACCGUGAUGACAACAAGGACAAGGAGGAGGAGCGGGGAAAGAGGUGGUCCAAGCCACGUAAACGCUCCCUCAUGGAGAUGGAAGGCAAGGAGGACGCUCAAAAGGUUCUCAAGUGCAUGUACUGCGGCCAUUCCUUUGAAUCCCUACAGGACCUGAGUGUCCACAUGAUCAAAACAAAACACUACCAGAAAGUGCCUCUCAAAGAACCCAUGCCAGCUCUCACCUCAAAGCUGGUGCCACCUACCAGAAAAAGAGCAUUUCAGGACUUGGUGUCCCCGUGCUCACCAGAGUCUGUCACACCUGGUGUACACCUGGGGGAGACCACGAAAGACCAGAAAGUGGUUAACCCCUAUGUCACAGCGAAUAACCGCUACGGCUACCAAAAUGGCGCCAGUUACACCUGGCAGUUUGAGGCUCGCAAGGCCCAGAUCCUCAAAUGCAUGGAGUGCGGGAGUUCCCACGACACCCUGCAACAACUGACAGCCCACAUGAUGGUCACAGGACACUUUUUGAAAGUGACCAACACAGCAUCCAAAAAGGGGAAGCAGCUGGUGUUUGACCCCCUGGUUGAGGAAAAGAUGCAGUCCAUUCCUCUCCCGCCGACCUCUACACGACUCCCUGCGCCCAAUGUGAAGUCACAGCCCGAUUCUCUUCUCCUGCACUCCUCGCACACUGAAGAGAAAAGGGAGGAACACGAGGAGAAAAUGGAGAUGAGUGAACCAGAGAAUAAGAUCAAAGAAGAGAAAGAGGAUCUGACUGAGAAAAGUGAGAAAACUGGCAAGGCUGGACAUUACAAGUAUCUCACAGAGGAAGACCUGGAAGAGACUCCCAAAGGAGGUCUGGAUAUCCUGAAGUCCUUAGAGUUCACAGUGUCAAGUGCAAUCAGCAAGGCCCAGACUGGGACGCCCACCUGGGGUGGUGCUGGCUACCCUAGCAUCCACGCUGCCUACCAGCUCCAUGGGUCUCUGAAGUCCUCCAUGCAGAGUGUCCAGGUGGUUCAACCCUUGUUCAGCACUAGCAGCUUGAAGGUGAUGUCCUCUGACUCCAGCAAUCUGAUCCAUUCACCAAUCAGCCAUUCCCCACCUCCAAGCCACAAGAACAAUGUGCUGGCCAUGGAGGAGCUGGUGGAAAAAGUCACAGGGAAGGUCUCUGUGAAGAAGGAGAAGGACGAGAAGGCGUCAGAAAACAAAUGCAAAGUGAGCUCUACCAAGUCACCGUCCCCACUGUCCAAGGAGAGGAAGGGGUCACCCAUGCCGGAUAGCCUCAACAAGCCGGUGAAAAACAUUGAUGUAGAAGAUAAGAGCGAGCCUAGAAGCAGAGAGGGAGAGGCAAAAGACGGCAAAGCGGAUCCGCCAAUGAAGAACGGAGCAGAUGUGCCAAAAACGGUAGCCAGCAAUGGCUGUAACGGCUUGGGAAUCAUCACGGAUCAUUCACCUGAGCAGUCGUUUGUCAACCCCCUCAGUGCGUUGCAGUCCAUCAUGAACAAUCACUUGGGAAAGGCCUCGAAGACAGCCACCCCCUUUCUAGACCCUCUGGCAAUGCUGUACAAGAUCAGUAACAACAUGAUGGAGAAGCCCAUGAACAACUCCAAUCAGGUCAAGCAAGUUGAGUCAAUCAAUCGAUUCUAUGACAAUGAUGACCAACCCAUGGACUUGACAAAAUCCAAAAACACAAAUGGACGCACUGCUAACAGCACCUCCACUACGCCGAACAACAAUAGCAACUGUAAUACCAAUAACAGCAACAGGCCUAUUCUCUCAAGCUUGUCUGAAUCUCUCUCGUCCCCUUUACGGGAAAAUGCUUUGAUGGACAUCUCCGACAUGGUCAAGAACCUGACCGGCCGUCUGACACCGAAAUCCUCCACCCCAUCCUCCAUCUCUGAGAAAUCUGACGCGGACAACAGCGCCUUCGAGGAAGGCUUGGAGGAGCUCUCUGCAUUCCAGAAAAGGAAAGGCCGGCAGUCCAACUGGAAUCCUCAGCACCUCCUCAUCCUUCAGGCCCAGUUCACCUCCUGUCUCCGGGAGACGGCUGACGGCAAGUUCGUCAUGACUGACUUAGGCCCCCAGGAGCGGGUCCAUAUCUGCAAGUUCACUGGUCUCUCCAUGACCACGAUCUCCCAUUGGCUGGCCAAUGUCAAGUACCAGCUGAGGCGGACAGGCGGGACAAAAUUCCUGAAAAACAUUGACUCGGGCCAUCCCCUGUUUCUCUGCAGUGACUGUGCCUCUCAGUUUAGGACUCCUUCCUCUUACAUAAAUCAUUUGGAGUCCCACUUAGGCUUCAGCAUGAAGGACAUCUCAAAGCUUUCCAUAGAUCACCUUAGAGAGCAGCAGGCAGUUACCAGAAUGAUAACGGAGAAAACGUUCAGUUCCCUGGGACUUAAUGAGGAAGACUCAUGCUCUGUAUUUCAGUGCAAGCUGUGCAAUCGGACCUUUGUCAGCAAGCAUGCAGUCAAACUGCACCUUAGCAAAACGCAUGGCAAGUCUCCGGAGGACCACCUCAUCUUUGUCACUGAACUAGAAAAGUUUGAUAAAGCAUAAAUGAGCUGGACAAAAGCUGAUGAUAUGACUGAUUACUGAACCGUUGCACUAUAUCUCAAUACUGCACUGCAUCUUAACUGAGACUUUGGAAUCAGUCCGAAGUAACUGCUGUCAUAAAACUGGGCCAUGUUCUGUUUUGGAUUUUAUUUAAUUUUUAAAUUGAACACACAUUUUUGCAGAUUAUUUAUAUGAUCUUUUUUCUGUGCAUGUUUUUCAGUGAAUUAAAGAGAUACUUUGGGAUUUUGGCAAUGAGGCUACUUACCUACUUCCCCAGAGUCCGAUGAACUUGUGGAUACCAUAUUUAUGCUUCUGUGUCCAGUAUGGAGGAAGUUUGAGGUAGUUUUCGAGCCAAUGCUACCUAGUGUUAGCGCAAUGACUGGAAGUCUGUGAGUAUCUGCUAGCAUGCUAGUUCAUCUGACUCUGGGGAAGUACACUGAACAAAAAUAUGAACGCGACAUGUAAAGUGUUGGUCCCAUGUUUCAUG